UUGAAAACACAAUGAAGUGUUUAAUUAAAUUGUUAGUGAUAGUGAGGUUUAUUUCUCCUAUUUUAAGUGACUGUUUGCAAAUAAUUGAUAAUGGGAAAAACUGGACGGUAAUUGUACCGACCUAUAGGGCUUAUGCCAUCGGAGACGAAUAUAAAAAUUUCUUUAAUGUAGCAGAAAAAAUUUCCACUUAUUGUCAUAUUAAAGAAAACUGUAAUGUACCAAUAGAUCCGAUUAUGAAUUUAAACAAGGAAUUUUAUCGAAAUAAUUUUAGGCAUGUAGUUCGACAGUACCUGAAAGAAAAUAAUUUGGAAUUUACUAAUGUAACUUCCUUGCCCUUAAAGGAAUACGCAAAAUUGUUAAUUAUGUUGGACAAGACUGGAUUUGAUCAAGGUUACUACAUAGAUACGAUAAAAGGUUUUUUCGUUUUGUGGAAUCCCCUACAAGACAGAGGUUAUUUCUGUUAUGAAGGUCCUGCUACGGAGUCUGUUCUGAACACGAACCAAUCAGUUCAUUACUUAACAUUCCUGAACCAAAAUGUUGAGAUAACAUUAGAGCAGAGUGAGAUGAAAAUGGUAUAUACAUGGAAUACGAAAAUAGACUAUGUCUUUCUUAGAUAUGGAAUCAAUUGUUUUCUUCCGAUAUCAUUUUCAAACUUGACAUCUCUUCUAAUGUUAAAUUUGCCGCCUACUCCACCACAGUGUAAUAAUACAUAUUUGACUAAUAUUAUAAUAAUUAGUAGUUUGUGUUUUGUGCUUGUAAUUCUUAUAAUAGUAUACUUUACACGAAGACAUGCAAUUUCUGCUUACUUGUUUUCGAAUUGCUGUAGAAAAAACCAGCUCGAAGCUAGAGGAUCUUCAUAUCGGACACAAACAAUCAAGAAUGAUCAAAUGGAUAGUUAUGUGGAACCUUUGGAAGUACAUACAUAUUCUCAACCAGAUACCAGACAAGAAAAGUUUUAUGAUCUUCAGGGAAACAGAAUUCCCAUCGAAAUUAAUGAACAAAACCAAAGUAAACCUGAGUAUGAUUACGCAUAUUCACAUAAAAAUCCUUCAAAUAUAUCAGAAGGAAAUAUUUCAAAUACAACAGAUACGAUUCGAGCUAACGAUUAGUGAUGUUGAUUAUAAUUACUUUUGAGUAAUCGUUACAAAUCGUUACUUUUGUAUAAAGUAAUUAUUUACAGUAUUCGUUACUUUGAUUACUUUUGUAUUUGAGUACCGGUAAUCAUAUGGAGAAUCGCAUUUCUCAGUACAUAUUUUGUAUUAGUAGGAUAUUUUGAUUACUAUGAUUACUUUUGUAUUUGAGUACCGGUAAUCAUAUCGAGAAUUGCAUUUCUCAGUAUUUCGUUAAUUUCGUAUAAGAUCCGAUAUAACAACGACCUUCACCGAUCUAUUCAGUGGAUAAAAAUUAUUAAAAGCAAGGGGUGCCCGACAUAAUUUUGUCCAGACUAAUUAAUAAUUAAAAAUGAAUUUUUUUUAUAAAUUCUACUAAUUUUUUGGCCCGGGCAGAUAUUAUUUUAGAUUUUUGGAUCAUAACAAUAAAAUACACAUCGACCAAGGCAUUUAGGAAAAAAUAAAUGAUUUUUAGGGAAAUAGUGAAACAGGAAAAAGUUUUCAAUAGAAAAAUGGGUGGAAAUUCAUAAUUGCAGUAUAAAAUGCAUCCAAAAGUACAUAAAUAUUCAUCCAUGAUUAAAUUGAAGAGCAUAGGACUCAAUGAGUCUCCUUGCCUUAUUCCGCUGCCUAUAUCUAUAGAUUCUGUAAGUUGUCCAUCUAUUCUGACUUCCAUUUUGUUGUUAUGGUAGAUUUUUUCAAUAAUUUUUAUGAUAUCUAAGGGGAAUUCUCUGUUAUACAGAAGAUGGAUUACAUCUGUGAGUCUUAACUCUAUGUACUCUGUCAAAUGCUUUCUCCAAGUUAAUCAGACAUAGAAAUGCUGGUCUAUUAUACUCCGGUGAUUUCUACGUAAUUUGCUUUAUGACGAAUAUUGCAUCGUUACACGAUCUUCCAUUACGAAAACCCUGUUGUUAUCUGCUAAACUUAUCCUCUGGUUCAUUAGGUCUUGUAAAAAUUUAGUUGUAAGUUUUAGGGUAGUAUUUAACAAGUUGAUACCUCUUUAGUUUUCUGACUGCUUUUAUCUCCUUUUUGAAUAGUAGAAUUGGUUUGCUUGUUCUCCAUUCUUCCGGUAUUUUAUUGUGUUUUAUGAUUUUGUUAAUUAAUGUUGUUAAUUGUUCUGUCAUUGCUGCUCCACAAUAUCAGUAAUCUCGAGUAAUCUGUUUGCAUCAAUUAAGUGCCAAAAACAAACCCUCGAAACUCUAGAUGACGUACUUUAGCAGUAACCCUGGGCACCGGGUGCUUCGGAGGUCGGUUCUGAUUGCAUAUUCGUGUUCAGUGACCCCAAAUACCCCGAAAUAAGAAAAUCUGGCCCUUAAUAUACUGAUUUUAACAUGUUUAUGCAUUUUUUUGAUGGGUUUUAUACAGUUUAAAAUGUAAUAAUGCAUUUCCACCCAUUUUUAUAUUGUAGACUUUUUUCCAGACGUCAUCCUAAUCCUAAAUACAAUGCAAAAAGUUGCAAGUCUCUAGGUACCUACUAUAUUUAAAAAUAGAUUUAUUUCUGUGUUUUUAGUGUUAUAGGCCCUGGUCUGAAAAAAACAAUGACAUACCUACAUGUAAAAUUAAACUUGAUGAUCACAGUCUAGAAAUAUUAUCAUUUCUACAUUUUUUCCAGUCAAUCUAAGGUAGGUAUUUUUUUCUAGGCCUGAUAAAAAGAGUGUGUAUUUAUUAUUAAAAGCUAAUAUGUUGCAUUUUUAUUUUCAAAGGAACAAACGUCUGUGAAAUAUCUACCUCGACAAAUCGUAUUUUAUCGUAUAGACAUCUGUUUCUGGGUGCAUGCUUUGUUAAAUGAUUUACCUCUCUCUGUUUCAGCUACUUCUCAGUGACCUGUAAUCCUGUAAAACUCUUCAUAGACUCUUCAAAGCCCUUCAUAGAUAAAAUUUUAGUUAACUGUACUGAUACCGAACACUCGUGGAAUACCGGUCCGAUUCCGACAUUAACCGAUUGUAGAUACAAUACUCAAAUAUGUACUCGCUCUGAUACGAUUGGUACGAAGUAACGAAGUAAUCAGAGUAAUCAAAGUAAUCAAAGUAACGAUUUGCCUCUCUGUAUAGUAAUCGUUACUUUCGGUAUUCGUAAGUAACGAGUACUUUGUAACGAAUAGUUACUUUUUCAGCAUCACUACUAACGAUACAACAGUCGAAGAUGUACUGACAACAGCUGCAGAUAAUCACUAGAAGAAAUUCGAAAGCAAAGAAAAAUUGGUUAUGGUAGGGGAGCCCAAGCGAGGAUUUUUGCAGUUACUCGAGCGCGUCAGAUUAUCAUAUGGGGAGAAACCUGGUACCCUGCAGAUGUGCCUCUACCACAUAUUGGCUCUUAACACAGGGAAGUUCGUUAAGGGGGGCCCGAAAAAAAAAAUCUAUCCUUAAAAAUACUCGAAAUUGUCAGAUUAAGAUAAAGUAAGUACAUGCAAAAUAAUGUAUAUUUCAAAAAUCUGAUGAUUUGAGCGGGGCGUAAGGAAAUGGGUAAGUCAAAAAGUUUCACAAGAAAAGCGAAUAUUUCGCGAAAUGAACGUCAGAUCGAAAAACUAAAAAUACGUCUUCAAUAUUUUUCAAAAAUCUAUCGAAUGGUACUAAACAUGAUCCCCCUCAGAGAGGGGUGGAGGAUAAAUUUAAAAUUUUAAAUACAAACUCCGCGAUAUUUCGCAAAAUGAACAUCAGAUCGAAAAACUGCAAAAUACACUUUAAAAAUUUUUAAAAAAUAUAUCGAAUGGGACUAAACACGACCCCCACGGAGGUGGAGUGGGGGGUUACUUUAAAAUCUUAAAUGGGAUCCCCAAAUUUUUAUUACAGAUUUGGAUUGUUUACGUAAAAAUAAGCAACUUUUAUUCGAGAUAUUUUUUCGAAUUAUAGAUCGAUGGCGCUACAAACGAAAAAAACGAUUGUUGGAAAUGGAAAAGUAAAUUAAAAAAUGGAAAGUCCCCACUAAAAUGGAAAAUUUUACUUAACUUUUUUUGGUUUUAGGACCCAGUAAUCACAACCCAAUAGGUCCCCAUAACGCUCGAGUGACUACAAAUUUAGCAUACUUAGUACUUUACAAAGUAUUAAUUUUUAAGAGCGUAGGCGCAAAAUUUCGAGCCAAUGCAUUUUAGAUGCAUUAAGUUUUGUCGAAUCCUGAGAAAACGCUCAAAAGUAUUUUUGAAAAAUUUUAACGAAUUUAAACGAGGGCCGAAACUCCUUAAAAACUUCUAUAAUGUUUAUUUUAAUAAGUUACAGGGGUGAAAAAAAAAAGAGAAAAUUUAGUGUUAUUUUUAAUUUCAAAUAUCUCAUUCAAAUGAAACGUUUUGUUCAUUCUAAGGUACUGCCCUCGGUAAUAACGUAAUCUUUUAUGCUGUGUUUAAAAUUUUCAAAAUAUUUAUUAGCGUUUUCAGGAUUCGAAAAAAAUGAACACCAUGUCCGUGGUGAUAUGUUCCAAAUCGAACACUCGCUAUCUAUGUCAUAUAACGCACUCAGUCGAACAGCAUGUGUUGACACUGUUGACAAGGCUACUAAAUAUUUGACAAGGCUUCAGGAGUAUUUUGAGUUGUUUAUUAAUUAAUAUUGAUAAAAAAUAAAAACCCUAUUUUGUAAAAGGUAUAUUUAAAAACCCUAAAAAGGGCUAUAUCACAACAAAACGUUUUCGGAAUCAAUAUUCCAUCAUCAAUUUGAUAGAUAAUUGAUUUAAGACGUCAAAUUAAUAAAAAGUUAUUUAUUGUUUAUUAUUUAUGGAAGAUCCAAGCACAGAAUACACCAGGUUAUAUUCUGUGAUGUUCAAAAUUUAUCUAAGCGUUCCAUAGUAACAGUAUAGGUAUUAUUAAAAUCACUAUCACUUUUUCUCUUUUAUCGAUUAUUAGUUUUUAUUGUAUAGUAUAUAAAUUAUUGUCAUCACUGAAUACAUAGUUAGUGAAAAAAUAUUCCUCUUAAUGGCAGCUUAUCUAGAAAGCUCAACGUAGGUGGCACUCGUUGUGCAUUUACGCUCAUCGAGAACAUCAGGACACAAGUUUCCCAAAGAUAUUCUGAUGAGAAAAAAGUGGAUUUUAGCAAUAAGAAGUGAUAAAUAUGUGCCGACAAUAAAUGCACGUAUCUGCAAUAAACAUUUUGUUGAAACAGAUUACGUAUUGCCCCUAGAUUCGACUGUAAAAAAUAGAAUAUUUCACAAUAAAAUUCAGAUCAAAAUUUAUUAUAAAGGCAGGGAUUAAGAUAUGCAAUUUUAUAUACAUUCACACUGUUGCCACAUCUACAAUAGCGUUUUAUGGAGUGAAAAUAUAAAAAAAAUUAUAUUUGAAAUAAUAAUAAAGAAAAAUGUGAAAAUAAUUUGAAAUAAUUCUCAAGUUUUCAAUAUUUUUUAGUGACUAAAACAACCUGACCAAACCUAACCUAGCGUCAUCGAAAAUAAUAUAAACAAGUUAAUAACUGAAAAUUUAAGUGACAUACCUUUAAAAUAUGCUUUAAAAAAAAUAACUUGAUCAAGCCUAACCUAAUCGAAAAUAAUAUUAACAUAACAAGUUAAUAACUGAAAAUUAAAGUGACCUAGUACCAUUCAAAUAUUCUUUAGUGACUAAAACAUAACCUGAUCAAACCUAAUCCUAAUUUUUUUUAAUUUCACCUUAAAUUUAAGGUCGCCUUUCACCUAGACAAACACCCAAAUAAUUAUACUUAAUUAAAUUAACACAUUCUAUAUUUCCAUAAGGAAUUAUAAUUUUUUUUAAUAAGGCAACAUUGCAGAAUCAACUGCGCCAACCCAUGCUUAAACCAAAUGCGCAACUGUCAUGGCGGCCAUAUUUUGAAAAUAUCACAUUUUUAAAUGAGAUAAACACAAAAAUUAAUGCUGAGCGCACUUAUUUGUGAAUUUUAAAUUAAUAAAAAAGUAAGGCAGAUAUCAUAUACACAGUUGUCAGACUCGUGGGGGGAGUGAGUCAAUACCAAAUAAAUACCCUCUGAGCUAUAGAAAUAAAAAAUUGAGAUGAUGAUUAAUAUAGUUUAUCAUUCGAUAAGGGCUUCCUUUUUCCAGUAACUCUCUGAUUCCUUCUCAAUUCGUUUUUCAACGGACAAACAGUCCAAGAUCCGUAUUUUUCGGCCAUAAUUUAUUAUUUAUUAAAUCGUAAUCAAAAACACCAUAUACAAACUUCACGAAUUGUCACAACGUUGACCUCCAACUACACUAGCGCCGCCAAGCGGGAGCAACGGCGUACAUAGCUGCCAUUAAAUCGAUUAAUAAUUUAAGCGAUUAUACAAGUAACGGUUAUCCAAGAACAUUCAAAAACUGAACGAAAGAGUCUCUAUGUUGCUGAUGACAAUUACAUUGUCAACCAAUGUUUACAUCUGUAAGAAUUUUACUACAUGUAAUUUGCGGUGUAAAGAAAGAAAAAGUAGGGACAGCCGUAAUAGUCAUUUUCCUAACUAGUGCGGAAAGUGAUACUUUCCCGCACGAGACUGCCGUUGACCCGAACGACGCGAUAGCGGAGUUCGGGCAAGCAGUCGAGUGCAGCGAAGACACUUUCCGCAUGAGUUAGGAACAAUAUUUUUUCUAGAGCCGUACGUUUGGAAAAAAGCCACAAAAAAUAGUUAUAUCAAUUUUUAUUUAGAAGUGAACAUACACAAAUUAAUUUUUUGGCAAGGUAUUCUUUGGCAAGGUAUUUUCCCUGGAAAACCAAACUUUCAAUAUAAUGGGUUACCACGACGACGAUAUUGGUUUCCAUGACGACGAUUCAAAACCAUUGUAAUUUUCUACUGAUGAUCUGACUUUUAAAUAUUAUGUCAAAAUAAUUUUAUUUCAUCGAAUUAUCAGUAGUAAUUGCACAAGAGCUCUAAAAUUCUAUAUUAAUUUUAGAGAUCGCGUGCAAUUUGUUGCGAUUAUUUCAUGAAUAAAACUGUUCAGCACCAAAAUUUUAUUGUAAUUUAUUCAUGUAAGUACAAAUUAGUACAAUUAAACACACAUUUGUUAUUAAUAUUAUUCUGACGGUUGAAAGUCAUCACUUUUAUAAUUUUUAAAACAUUAAUUGUCAUUAAUGUCACUAAAUGUAUUUUUUCGUAGCAACGAAGGGCAUCUGACGUAAUAUACUUGACGACGGGAAAUUAUCAAAAAUUAUCGGGUAUAAUAUCACAAGAGAGUGAGAAUAAAUUGAAAAUAUUGCGACAGUUUUUCGAAAAUUUGUUGUCUGGCAAUAGACACGAGAGCCCGCAGGGCUCGAGUGGCUAUUGCCCAAUAACAACAAAGUUGAGUAAAAAUGAAGCAUAAUUUUCUUAUUUAUUCUUACUGUCGUGUGAUAUUCGUAAGAUUAUUUUUUAAUACGCAUAUUAUGGAUAUUUUCUUAAAUGUGACAGUUGUCAAAACUAGGAAACUGGUUGCCAUUAAACAGAAACAAUCUACUUAAAAAAAUUAUAUCGGUAAUUUUCUACAGUAGAUAAUUCUCAGUAUAAUUUUAAUCUGAUUGGACAGAAUUAAACACGUGAUCAAAUAUCUUACUAUACGACUGGAAGUCAAAAUCAUCAAAAAAUAAUCGAUUUAAUUUAGAUUUAUGUAGCUUUCUAUUGGUCAGAAUCUCCUAUGAAUGAAAUAAUCGCGCUAAUUUCAUUAUAACAUGAACACAAUAAGAUUUUGAAAUAAAUUAGUAAAUAAUAUCUAAAUAUUAGUUUAUUGUAUGUAUUAUAAUAUAUUAUAAUGCCAUAUUACAAGGUAUUUUACUUUCCCGCACGCCGUGCAGGAAAAUUUACUUUUACGCACGCCGUGCGGGAAAGUGCAACCUUCGGAAAUGAAAUGCGUGCGUGAAAGUGGCUCUUUUAGCACGGCCGUAGAAAAAAUACUUUGCGCCUACGCUCUUAAACUAUAUAUCAUACAUAACUGGAUAAACUGACAUGCAUAGGUACUCUAUUUUUUUCACUUAUUAAACUUAUUGAUAAUAUUGUACUUUUAAAGUAAAUAUAUACUAAAAUAUUA